AAUUGCAAUCGGCUCCUCCCUGUUGUAAAUGACAGCCCGGAGCGAUUUCUAAGGAUGUUGCUGAACAACACGUCCCAGCAGCUGCAAGCCGUUAGGGAAGGAUUGUGGGAUAUGUAGUUCAACAAGUUCUGGGAAAUUUCUUGGUUCUUUGGGUCGCUCUUCAAUUUUAAAAAAUGCGGAAUACAAUAUUGUACGCUUUCUGAGAAAGAAAAAAAUUGUCCAUUCUUCACUUAUGGAAAGUAUGGCGGUUCCCAGUUCAGAAGAACAGAAGAAACAAAGCUGUUUCAUCUUGGGUGCUUCUGGAGAAACUGGGAAAGAAUUGCUACUUGAAAUCUUAAAGCAGCAAAAAUUCUCUCGAGUGACUCUCAUUGGCCGCCGAAAGCUAAAUUUUGAAGGGACUCUUUACAGUAAUGUGGCCCAAGAAGUUGUUGACUUUGAGAAACUAGAUGAAUCUGCUGCUGCCUUCCAAGGACAUGACGUCGGAUUUUGCUGCUUGGGGACAAGCAGAGCCAAAGCUGGAGCGGAUGGAUUUGUGCGUGUUGACCGUGAUUAUGUUGAACAUGCAGCAAAGCUAGCCAAAGCUGGUGGGUGCCGCCACUUUAUCCUAGAGUCAAGCAAAGGUGCAGAUAGCUCCAGCGGAUUCCUCUAUCUAAAGACCAAGGGUGAAGUAGAAAACAGGAUUAAGGCACUUGAAUUUGACCGAUUCUCCAUAUUUAGACCAGCGGUGUUGCUAUGUGAUCGCCAGGAAUCUCGGCCUGGUGAAUGGAUGGCCAGGAAAGCCUUAGGAGUGGUAGCCCAUUUCUUUCCCACGUAUAUGUCUAUUCCUACCACAACAGUGGCCCGAGCAAUGGCCAAUCUUGCAGUGAUGCCAGCAAAAGACGGGCAGAAAGUGGAGGUGCUGGAAAAUGCAGCCAUCCAUGCCCUUGGUCAGUCAAAGUAAUCAGUGGAGAAGAAGGGAUGUUUUUUGGAUAGCUUUAUAAUGAAGGGGUUUCACUGAUUCCCCCAAGCCCAGAUUUAAUCAUCUAUUUUUAUACUUCAGAGGGUCUUUGAAUAAUCAAUGCCUAUGAAUUGCAUUUAAUAUGAUUGUUGCAUCAGAAGCAUGUGAUCCAGAAAUAACUAAAAAAAGAAGCCUUAAUGUCAUUGGUGCUGUUUCAGAAGCUUUAAACGUGUAUCCUGCCUCUUAAUAAAAUUAAUUACCAAUGGAA